CACCACUGUCAACACUGUGACAAAUCCUUCACAACAUCUGGAUAUUUAAAUAUUCAUCAGAGAGUUCACACUGGAGAGAAGCCUUACAGCUGUGAUCAAUGUGGGGCAGCUUUCACACAACAGAGUACCCUAAAAAUACAUCAACGCAUUCACACUAAAGAAAAGCCUUACAGCUGUGAACAAUGUGGUAAAACCUUUUCUCAGAGAAGUAACCUUAAAUGUCACCAGCGUGUUCACACUAGAGACAAUCUACACAGCUGUGAUCUAUGUGGGUCAGUUUUCACACAACAGAAUACCCUAAAAACACAUCAACGCAUUCACACUGGAGAGAAGCCUUACAGCUGUGAUCAAUGUGGUAAAACAUUUUCUGGGAGUAGUAACCUUAAAUCUCACCAGCGUGUUCACACUGGAAAGAAGCCGUACUGGUGUGAACAAUGUGGGAAAACAUUUUAUGAGAGUUGUGCCCUUAAAAAACAUCAACGCAUUCACACUGGAGAGAAGCCGUACAGCUGUGAUCAAUGUGGUAAAACCUUUUCUCAGAGCAAUAGCCUUAAAUGUCACCAGCGUGUUCACACUGAAGAGAAGCCGUACUGGUGUGAACAAUGUGGGAAAACGUUUUCUCGGAGUAGUGACCUUAAAAAACAUCAACGCAUUCACACUGGAGAGAAGCCGUACUGGUGUGAACAAUGUGGGAAAACGUUUUCUCAAUCUGGAUAUUUAAAGAUUCAUCAGAGAGUUCACACUGGAGACAAUCUACACAGCUGUGAUCAAUGUGGGGCAGCUUUCACACUACAGAGUACCCUUAAAACACAUCAACGCAUUCACACUGAAGAAAAGCCUUACAGCUGUGAUCUAUGUGGUAAAACCUUUUCUGAUAUUAGUAACUUUAAAAAACACCAGCGUCUUCACACAGGAGAAAAGCCUUACAGCUGUGAUCAAUGUGGUGAAACCUUUUCUCAGAGUAGUAACCUAGAAAGCCACCGACGUGUUCACACUGGAGAGAAGCCGUACUGGUGUGAACAAUGUGGGGAAACUUUUUCUCAGAGUGGUCACCUUAAAAGACACCAGCUCAUUCACUCUGCCUCGUUGUGAACAUGUUUCCGAGCCAAGCUGUUUCCUCCUGCCUCCUCCUCAUGCCCUGAUAGCUGUGUUGUUAUUUUCUGAUCUUCUCUCCACAUUGAAGGCUGACCAGCAGUACCUUUAUCUUCUGAACAGCAUGUAUGUUAUCCUGGCUAGGACUACACAUUACACUCCCUCCCUUUUAAUUGAUUGAUUGAUUUUAUUUGCCCAUUUCAUUAUAAAAUAUGAUACAGCUAUGCACCAUACAUUAAAAACAAAACAAAGUCAGGAUAACACAAUAAAGCCCUGGGGCUUAUUUACAUUGUGGUCCCUUGGAGGAGGGGGGGUGAGCAAGUGGCAGCAGAUCAAGCAUCAAUCAUCACAAACCAUACGUAUAUCAAAUAGAUCCAUUAAGACAAUACAGUAAUAAAUCCUCAUACUACGAUUGGCAUCUGAGCCAUUUUUUCAGUGCCAGCGUAAAACCUCCUAAACUUCUGACCGUCUUUAGAUUUCCUGGCAACCUGUUCCACAGGCUUGUUGCUACAUACAAAAAGGACUCCAUACCUAAAUUACUCUUAACUCCAGGAGGUACAAAAUCAGUAGAGCUUCCCCUGGUGGAUAGGCUGUGAACAUCUCUUACUCUGUUAAAAUAAUUGAUUAAAUACAAAACCCCAUACACAGUCGUAUGUACAGGUGAAUCUGAGAAACUCGAUCUUCAACUUUUAACCACCUAAUAGUCUCAAAAUGAGAAGUAUCAAGAUGAGAUCUCAUGGGGAGGUUCAG